UGGCUUUCGGUCCGACACCAGUUUGUUCAGAGUGCAGGUGAGAAAGGAGCCGACCAUGGCGGCCAAGUCGGAGGAGACUUUAACAAGUGCUCUGACUCUCAUGCUCGACUUGGGCCGACUCCUUCUCCAGACGGCCAAGCAGGAGGCAGAAGACUCCCUGGAGAAGUUUGUCCCAUAUAAGAUCACCACUCUACUCGGCCUGAUCACAGCCGGAGCAGACUUCUACAAAAGCAUAGGAGUGAAGAAGAAGAGUGAAGCAGAGGACGUUUGGCAGAAGUCUUAUCACCAUGCAGCAGUGAGAGAGCAGGUGGAGGAACUCUUGCAGCUCGAGAGGGAGUGGGACUCCUUCCUGGAGAGUGUGGACAGGGGUCUACAGACGACAGACAGACAGCUGUCGGGAGGAAAGAUCGCAGACAGCCUGAGCCCUGACACCCCGUUCACUGAUGGACGGAGUGGAGAGAGUGUGACUCUGGGUAAGUACCUGGGUCAGGGUCAGAAGCCGCUGCUGGUCCUCAUCAGACAUUUUGCUUGACUGCCAUGACGAGACCACGUGGCCGAGCUGGAGGCCAAUCAGGCUGCCCUGGAGGCGCGGUCAGUGCGGGUCUUAGUGGUUUCUUUCGGGGGGAUGGAGGGAGCUCAGGUGUGGCGGGAGCAGACUGGAUGCACUUUCGACUUGCUGCUGGAUCCACAGAGAAAGGUAUACAGGAGUUUUGGCCUCGGCUCUUCCUACGCCAAGGUGAUGAAGUUCGGCUGCCUGCUGCUGUACUCUGAGUACGGAGCUGUGGACAGAGAGUACCCCGAUGUCCCCCCUCGGCUGCUGGAAGAUAUCUACCAGAUGGGAGGUGACUUUUUGCUGGAUGAAGAAGGGAAGGUCCUUCUUUCCCACCAGUGUGAAAGUCCAAUGCACCGGCCGACUGUGAAGGCCAUCCUGCAGGCCGCGGACCCUCCAGGCUGCUCCGCCGACUCAGCAGAGUAACAUCCAGAGCUGGGGAAGAUACGUGAACACUGGAGACAUUGGGGGGGUUUAAUUGGAUGAUCUUUUUUUUUUUACCACAUCACUGACACCACAGAGGAAGAGCAGCUGUUUGACUCACGUUUAUGACGUCACGUCUCACACUCAUGACACCAUGAAGAAAUGUGGCCGAUGCAGAACUGUGACUUAAAUACAAGAUAAUCUUCUCUUUGUCGUGUCAGUGUUGUGAAGGGAGCAUUUUCUAAUGAGCGGUUCGACUGGAUUACAAUAUAAUUCAGUAUGAAAUGAAUUCCAUUUGAUAUAAAUGUUUUUAAUUUAAAUUGUGCUGAUUUGAGCAAUUUUACUGUAAUCUGUCAUGUUAGACAGUAUGGUAUUCCUCGAGGCUUUACUUUAAAAGGUGCUGAAAUCGACAGUCAGAGCAUUAAUAUGGCAGCAAACAACUAUUGAGCAGAGUAUUAAGUCCCUCCCCCUCUGUGUGUGUUGUAAUCAAACUUCCUCGGAUUACAACACGCCGUCCCGACUGGUAGCCCCACCCUCCAGUAUCCUACUC